CCCGCCGCUGCAGAGGGCCGAGCGGCUCGCGGCGGCCGGAGAGGAGCCGUGCUGGGCUGAAUCCGCACCGAAGGAGAUGGCCUUCAACAAAAUGACCUUCUGGAAGUAACCAAAGGGGGCUGGGAGCUCCCCACCACAAUGUACAGAAAAUAUGAAGCCCAUCCCUUGACAUUUCUGGAGGGUGCAGUGACAACACUGCUGAAGACAGAAUAAUUUGCAGAAUGACGAUGGUUGGUGCACAACGCCAAAGUAUCAUCAGACGUAUUUGGCCCCAGCUGAUAGACUUCCUGAGCGACCGUUCUGAGUGGGUGCUGGACAAAGCUGAGAGGCUUCUGUCUCAAGGCGAACUGAGAUUGGUUCACACGGAGCCUGACCUCAAGAAGAAGCGUUUACUGGUCCUGGAUAUGGUCUUAAGAGAUGUGGACGCCAAUCCUGAGGUCUUCAGAACCUUCAUCCAGAGCGUCUGUAUGGAAUGCAGUCCUCCCUUCGAGUUGGAGAUAACCCUGCUAAGCAUCUCUGAAGAAGAUGCUCCUGAAAGUUACAGCCAAUGCAUCCUCCGCUCGAUGCGUAGAAAAUAUGGAAUUAGCCACUCUGCAGAAGCAGCAAAAACAAAAGAUCAGUUCUCGUCUUUCAGCCAAAAGUUUGUCAACCUUGUCAUCCAUCAAAGCAAAACAUCUAAGUUGAAAGUGGGAAAAGAGAAAAUGAAAGAGGAACCAAUGGCCGCCUAUGAAUCCAAGGAUCAUGACAUCCCAAUGAUGAACUUGUCUGAUCUUUUCAAAAGUGCCCAGAUGGGCAUCACCCAGGUUGUUCUACUUUUGGGCAAGGCUGGAGUGGGGAAAUCAUGGUUAGUUCACAAAAUCUGUCAGCAGUGGGCUGAGGAAGCCUUUCCCCAGUUCAAAUGGAUCUUCUUCUUUGAGUUCAAGCAGCUGAACCUCAUCAAGAGGAAACUAACUCUCCAAGAACUCUUGUUUGAUUAUUUCCUCCAACCAGAGCAACCAGAAAUGGUGUUUCAAUUUCUCCUGAAGAAUGCCCACCAGACCUUGGUCAUUUUGGACAGUCUUGAUGAGUUCAUGGACAACAUUGACCUCCCACCCAUUUCCUUCGACCACUACUCAAAUCUUCUCAUAUCUCGUUCUGUCUCUGAACUGGUGGCUAAUCUUUGCCAUGGAAAACUCUUCCCAGGUUGCACAGUGCUGAUUACCAGUCGGCCAAAGCAACUCCCUACAUUAUUAGUCAGAAGUACCGUCCUGUCAGUAGAAAUUUGGGGAUUCAACCGUGACAAAGUUGCGGAAUAUGUUAGCUGUUUUUUCCAACAAGCUUUUCAGAAAGAGCAAGCCCUUGCUCUUCUCAAUGAAAAUGGCAAACUCUUGAGCAUGUGUUACAUCCCUGUGCUGUGUCACAUUAUUUGCAUCUGCCUGGAACAUUUGUUCCUUGAAGACUCAGAAAGUGUCCAGCUCCCUCAAACCAGGACCCAGUUUUACCUGAGAAUGCUACAGACCUUCCUCUGCAAACAUCAGGGUGGGAGGACUUUGAAUGAAGUAGACAUGGCUCAACAUCAAACAAUCCUUGGAGAUCUGUGUGAGUUAGCCUUCAAGGGUCUUGAAGAGAAGAAAGGGUUUUUUGAUGCUGGAGAGGUCCCGGAACAUGUGAAAGAUUUUUCUUGUCGCUUUGGUCUCCUUUUGACCCUUGAAAUGAAAAUGGGCAAGGACUCUACACAAGCAGGUUACACUUUUGCUCAUUUUAGCUUGCAAGAAUUCUUGGCAGCGCUCUUCCUGUUGACAAGCCCAACAGUAGAUGGCAAGAUGUUGAAGGAGAACUUCUUCCUGAGGACAAAAUGGACACUGAAGAAAGAGACAAGGAUGCCAUUUACAGAAAACAACGAUGUCUUCUUGUCUGGCCUUUUAUCUCGAGAAUGUAGACAAUUCCUUUGUUCCUUAGCUGGGCAAAAUGAGGUCAGGAUUCAGGAACGGCAAAGUAUUAUCAGGAAGAUAUUGCAGAAACUCGCAGCUGCUAAUUUAACAGGACCCAGGAUAGUAGAGUUGAGCCAUUGUGUGUACGAGACACAAGACAUUUGCUUAGCACACCACAUUGCAACAAAGUUAAGUUUCACAUUCAGAAACUUCAAGUUGAUGCCCUUCGACAUGGUGACUUUAGCCUUUCUAAUCAAUGGAAGUUCUCAUGGCGUGUGCUUGGAUUUUGAUGGCUGCUUCAUGGAGUUGGAUUACUUGGACAUCUGGGGCAGUUGUGAAACUAUAAAGAGCUUGAGCUUCAAAAACAGGCAAUAUGGAAGUGAGUUUGCAGGAGCCCUUUCCAAAACCUUGCCUAAGAUCAAACUCCUGACAACAUUUCAGUUAACUGGUGGAAAUCUUAAAAGGCCAGGAUUUGAAGAUCUCGUUCAAGUUUUGCCAAACUGUCACCAGCUGGAAAUAAUAAAUUUGCAGGACAAUAGGUUGAAGGAGCAGGACAUGAUCAAGUUGGCAGAAAUAUUUCCCGCCAUGGGAAACUUAAAGACAAUGGAUUUAAGCGAUAACAAGAUGUCUGCAGGAACCGUCCUGGCCUUCAGCAAAGCAGCUGCAAAUUGUCCAAGAGUUUCCAAGCUUCAAAUAAGGAAGAGCACCUUAAUAAUCUCCUUUGUCAACCUGUCUCCAAAAGAACCUAGAUUAAAAGAUGUGGGAAUUAAUGAAGAAGAAAUUGCUCAUAAACCCAGUUUAAUUUUACAAUUGCAAGAUUGCCAGUUAGAUUCACAAAGGGCAGAGGAGUUGGGAGACAUUCUCCAGAACUGUUCCCACUUGUCUGAAAUCAAUUUAUCAGAUAACCAGCUUGGUGAUGAAGGAUGCAGAAUACUCAUGAUUGUGAUGUCCAAGAUGUGCAUUUCUGGUCCUCUGAAUUUAAGCAACAACCAGCUCUCGCUUAAGAGCGUUUUUUAUCUCCUGGACUUGGUGAAUCUUUGCCCAAAUGUUGUGAAACUGGAAGCCAGCAUUGAUCAACAAAUUGCAGUUUUGACCUUUGUGAAUAAAGAGGGCCCUGAUGCUACUCAGUCAAGGAAUUACAGUUUUCAUGAUGUCCAAUUAAACAAAUGUCAACGGAUGGAGCUGACAUCAAAGGAAAUAUGUUUGUCAAAUAAUUCUUUCGGGGACUCAGGAGUCCUGAAGAUAAUGAGUUCCAUCCAAAAUCUGAAGAAUUUGAAUUCUUUAAUUCUGGAUAAUAACCAAAUGUCGCUGCAUGGUGUCAUUUCCUUGCUAGAAUUCUUCUCCGGCGUAGAACGUAUCACUUCAGUGCAUUUAGGUUUGGGAAGCAUCCAGAGAUGUCGCUUACGCUUCGGAGAACAUAUAAGGUAUAGCCCGGCCAGCGAGCAUGCCAGGAAGCAGAUGAGCAGCUGUUGCUUUUACCUGGAGGGUUGCGCAAUCAGGCUGGACAUGACUCACCUCUUUGAGAUUCUCACCAAAUAUUCUGGAUUGGCAGAAAUCAACUUCUCUGGAAAUUCACUAAACGAUGAAGAUGUUAAGCAGAUGGUGUCGUGUCUGUCCGGUCUCAGCAACUUAAGAUUCCUAAGCAUCAGAGAUAAUGUGUUUUCAUUCAUUGGGAUUUACUUGCUGGCUAAUUCAUUCAACCAGUGCAGGAGAAUCUCUGAAGUGGACAUCAGAUUAAGGAAAAAUGCUUUUUUGCGUUUUGUGGAAAGUCAAGCAAGCGAAGCACUCUACUGCAGGUUCGUCAACUGUGGCAUUGACCAGCCUCAUCUCAGGGCUCUAUGUGCCGUGUUUGAAAACUGUGGCCAUCUUGCGGAGCUGGAUCUGUCUGGGAAUGAUUUUGAUGACGAAGGAUUAAGGUGGAUUUUCGAACAUUUGCCCAAGAUCCAGAAUUCCUGCUCAUUGAAAAUCAACCACAAUGGAAUCUCGCCAGAUGGAGUUCUCCUGCUUGUAAAUUUCCUUGCCACAAAGGAUGAUGUAGUUGAAAUUUGUGCAAGUUUGUGCUCUGAAAAAAUGCUGCUUAUCACACUCAAGAAACAAGAUAAACCUCAAAAGAUCCUGAGACUAAAGGAAUGCAAUCUCCAAGCAGAACAUCUGGCACAGCUGUUGAGUAGGCUGGAAGGGUGCUCUGCCCCAAGCAAUUUCAUAUCAAUCAACAAUGGCCUGACACCCAUAAGUGCCAAAACUCUCCUUAGGUCUCUAAGGAGAUGGACUAGCACACAAAAAAUAAGCCUAGAAGAGCCAUGGGUGACACAUGAAAACUUUCCCGCCCUCCUGAGCCUGGCUACUGAAGUCCAGGGAGAAGUGAUCACUAUCAUGAAAACUGGUUCCCUCUUUAUGCUGGAACAGAAAUUUCCUCCCCAGGUGGGAAAAGGAGCGUUUGCGGUCCACAGGACAUCUCACCCACUGCUUCCUGAUGCUGAAGGACCAACUUCAUUUGAUGCUUUGGUGCAUUUUCCAGCACUGCAGAAACUUUGGUUAACCAAUGACAGGAUUCCUCCCACCAGCAUUGAAUACAUAGCUAAGAUAUUGCAACGUGGCUUUGCCAUUGAAGAUAUUAAUUUUUCCAAUAGUGAUCUCAGCUUGGAUAAUCUCAGUAUUCUUCUAGAUAGUUUGGAGGGCAAAUACCACUUAAAGAGUAUCAAUUUUGGCUCUUUGAACCUCGACAAUGCCACAAUUCUGAAGUUGUUUUCAAGGCUCUCUACCAUGCCUCUCCUGAAAAUACUUGGUUUGAACAAUAACCAUCUCGACAGUCUCAUGUGUUCCCACCUUGCAGAAGUUUUGAAGACCACAUGUCAAAUAGAAGAAAUUGACUUAAGCCACAACAAGAUUGAUGAUGCUGGCAUGAAAGCGAUAGCUAUGGCCCUUCCAGGAAUGAAGAAUGUGAAGCUAAUCAAUUUUUCCUGCAACAGCAUCACUUCGGCUGGAGGACAAUGGAUUGUAGAAGGUCUGAUUGAGAGCGAGAGGCUGGAAAUACUCAAAUUAUCUGGGAACAGUAUUGGAAAUAAGACUUUGGGAAAACUGGCUCCAAUUUUGCCUUACAAGAAGCAUUUGAAAAUCCUCCACCUCUCUCGUUGUCAGUUGGAUUCUGAAGGACUAGGCCACUUGGCGGGAAUCUUGGCCAAGUGUCCACAGAUGGAAGAAAUCAACUUGUCAGAAAACAACAUUGGAGAUAAAGGUGUGAUGUCCCUUAUGACACCAUGGCCACAAUCUUCACAACUGAGGAAGAUUGAACUAAAGGCCUGUCAUAUUAGCGAUUGUGCUUCCAAAACACUAAUUAUCGGACUCAGCUGCUGUCCUUCCCUUGAAGAGAUCGGCUUGUCUUGGAAUGAACUGGGUGAUGAAACUGCCAAAGAACUCGCCAUGGUUCUCCCUGGGAUGAUAAGGGUGAAGAUUCUGGAUCUGGACAAAAACUCUAUCACAGUUUACGGUGCUUCCAUGUUAGCGAGGCAGCUUUUUCGAUGUCCUGGAAUCCAGACAAUACGGCUAUGGAACAAUUCAAUCCCCAGGGACGUCGAGCAGCAGCUGGCCAAUCAAGAGCCACGAUUACAUUUCGCCCUCCUUUGAGAUGGGAAAAACGGACCCAAACUUGUAAAUUCCAUGGAGAUUUGUUACUGUCCAAAGUCUUUUGGGCACAAGAAUAAGGAGGAAUGUUUCUUGGAUCUCCUUAGAAAAGUCUUUUUCCAGCCCAUGAGUGAGACUCUAUCAAAUCAUCCUUAGCUCUACUGGUGUUAAAGUACCCUUUUCUGCUUUAUUUCAAUGCCAUCCUCGAGAUAACGACCAAUCCAGGAGGCUGUGUUGCUGCUUUGUUUGGAGAUACACCAGCGAACUAUAGGGCUUCGGAACAGAGGCUUUGGAAUGGGGAUUUUGGGCCCCACUCAGCCUAUCCUGUAAAAUAGGAUAUUUUGGCUUCUUGAAAUAUCUUUGCUUGCACAGAGUACCAGAGGAGGUACGCUAAUUUUGCACUAACACACUCGGAAUCCUUUCCAGAAAACAUACAUUGGAUUGUAUGUAAACAAAGAAACAUUGGAUUCUACAGCGUGGAUGAACACUUUUAACCUACGCUUAUUUAUUCUAUUUUAUCACAAGUUACUUUAAUUUAGUUGAUCCUGUGGCUGGCUUGGUAUCUGGGGAAUGUAACAAAUGAAUUCAAUCUUCCAGGAGUUUUCCAAAGACCCCCCACUAGAUGGCGCUCAGUCCUUAUGCGAAUGUGAUAGAGAAGCAGUGGUCUGUAGAGAUUCUCAGCCAUCCAAGUCAUGGUUGUCCCAAAAGGGCUUUUUCAGGAGGCAACUG